AUGCACAAUAUAAAGUCUUUCAAUUCGCGUACAAAUGGUAAAUUUAUUCCCAGGAAUUUCGACGAAACCAGCGAAUUUGCAUAUGAGUAUGUGGAGUACGAAGCCAAUGAGGCCACUGGCACACUCGAUGGGGAAGAUGAAGCUGGUUCAGUGCAUAAUGGAUAUGUUUUCACCUUUACUGCCAUCUUUUUUCAACGUUUCUUUAAAAAUCAAUUGCGUCCAAAAGAAUGGACAAGGCUAACUGCUGAUGGAGAUACAGUUACUGAUAUCGUAGAUUUUUUAUGGGAUGUUGCAAAGGUAAAAAUUGAACGGCAGGUGAUAUUUGAUAACGAUAUCCCCAAAUGGUCAGAAAAUGCAACUCCCACAGUGAAUGAUGCGAAUGACUUCGUCUCACUGCAAGACACUACUAAAAAGAAAUUCUAUUUAAUAGAUUCUCUCACUUCUAGAAUUUUGAGAGGUUGGAAAGAUAAGCAGGUGCGAGUAUAUGUGUACGUUUGGUCGAUCAAUGUGGGAACUAGCAGUCAACAUCAAGCCAUAUUGCGAAAGUUACUUUCUCAACAAAAUACAGAUAAAGCUGGGGCACAUUCAAUCAGAGACGAUUCAGCUCUAGCGGAUGCACUCCGCGAUAAUCAUACUCAUCUGGAAGGUCAUUACAGCUCAUGGCUUCUGUGGGCAAAUUUUUUUCACUCGUCUCCAGCGCAUAAGCAUGAUGAAUUGAAAAGUUCUGCAACACCACCAUUACAAUUAUCGAAAUAUUUUCGUUGGGUUGCUACGUCUGAGCCAAGCAGAUUGAAGGCCGUAUAUAAAGGAUUAAUUGUCGCUCAACACAAUAAUAGUGGAUGGCUGAGAGAGAUUGGAAAUGUAAACAGGUUGUAA